CUGAAAUUCGACAAUCUGAAAUAGAUUCAGAGUUUCUAGUUCUGAGUCAAAAAAAUAAUACUGAUUUAUUUUAUACUGUCAAUGUUGAAAUUUGUGCAGUAGCUGCAAAGUACAAUAUUGGAUCGUUAAAUUUUUAUCAAUCAUUAAUGCCUUAUGAUCAUGCAAUUUUUGCAUAUAUUGCAUCUGGACUUUUGUCAAAUGAUCAUUCCUUUUAUGCAUCACUACAUGCUUGUACAAAUAAUAAACCUGAAGAUCUUAGAUAUAAAAUGCAAUUGAAUAAUGUGUCUCAAGAAAGUAACAAAAUCUGGGAAACAGAAAUACUAGAUGUUAAUUCAACUACUUUGGAACAUAACUCUGCUUCUUUUAACUCAUUUCUUGAAAUUAUCAAACAUGAUUAUGAAAAUUGUACUAAAGCUAAAUCUGUUCCAGCACUGACAUCAUUUCUUUAUGAUAUUAAUCGUAAUGUUGAUCCACUUGCACGAGUAAAAAGUGGAGCAAAAAUUCGUGUGCAAGUUAAAUCAAUAAAGCGCCGAAAAACUAGUAAUAAUGAUAAAGAAAAUAUUGAUCAAUAUAUUAUUUCUGCACGGAAAGUUAGAGCAAAAGACAAAAAAGCACACAAUAUUA